GGGAUUUUGGUGUUGACGGUUGUCAACCCGAAGUCACCCAUGUUCGGAGAAAAAUGAUGCUUGGUUGCUAAAAAUGGCAGGUGUUGUUAGUAACGAUGUUUGGAAAAGUUGGGAUAGAUCCGGAAAAACAGAGUUUGUUAGAACAUGUAUGCAGUUAUUAAAAGAUGAGACAAAAUCACCGGUUUUUGACGAAAAUGGAGGAAAAGUUUCAAAGCUUAUAACCAACAUAAAUAUGUUGAUUGACAAAGGACUAAAAGGGCAGUUAAAAGUAGAAACUGUUGUUUCAACACUCCAGGAACUUGUUUCUCUACAUCCUGAUGUACCUUCAGUAAUAUUAGAUGUUUUAAGUAUUACAGACUCUUCCUGCAUACCAGAUAACAGUAAUGACGAUUCAAAAGAAAGGAACAAUUUGUGUUCCAUUAUUAAAGAAUGCGAAAAGUUGCUUUCAGAUCAAUUGUUAAAGGAACGGUUAGAAAUAGACACGUUACAAGAAGUGGGUAUCUUGAAAAACAAGACGUUUUAUUCAAAGUUCAUUAAAGUGAAAACAAAAUUAUAUUACAAACAACGCAAAUUUAAUUUAUUUCGCGAGGAAUGUGAAGGUUUUGCAAAAUUGCAAACGGAAUUAAAUCAGGAGUUCGGCGAGAAUACCAGUCAUGAAGACGUUCUAGACAUUGUUCAGUCGUUAAUUGGUUGCUUCAACCUCGACCCUAAUAGAGUCCUAGAUAUUAUUUUAGAGAGUUUUGAAAAUAAACCAAAAGACGCGCGAAUCUUUGUUCCUCUAAUAUGUUCGUAUAUGAAAGACCCGAAAAUCGUGAGUGAAGUUUUAGCAUCGAAAUUCACUUUUUUGAGAAGCAGUGAAGCUAAUGUUCCACGAUCUCUGUACAUAUUAACGGCGCAAUUAUUACAACAUAAUAUUAUAUCACUGGACGAUAUUUAUCUUUGGUUAACGCCUGAAGAUAAAGUCAUGUUUAAGGAGUGUGAUAAAGCUAUGAAAGAUGCAAAAGAGUACGUCCGUAAGUUGCAAGUGAUCUCUAUAAAUAACAAGGAAAAAGAAGAAACACCUGAAGAGCCCGAAAACCUCAUGGAAAAAUAUAAUGCAAAUCAAAAGUUGGGUCUAUGCGAAGCUUUACUUUUAGUGGGUGAUUGGAACAACGCGAAGAAUUUAAUAAAUCGCCUGCCUGAGCACUACGCACUAUCAUUCCAACCGAUCGCGUUAGCACUUUGCAAAUUGUUGCAUUGCAUUAUUGAACCUGUUUACCGAGAAUUCUGUAAGUUGGGACCAAAAAUUAAAGGAAAACCUAUCCCCCGUCAUGAAAAUCCUCUUAGCCCCAAACAAGCAACUUCAUUCUUGGAGCUUAGAGAUCAUGCUAUACCUAUGUUGAUUACUUUAGGAGCUUCGUUACGUUUUGAUCCCGUUCUUAUGUAUAAAGUGAUAAGAAUUUCGAAAGCGGCGUUAAAUUCCUAUGGAGUUGAAUCGUCAAAAGCGCCUUGUCCCUCUGGUGAUACAUUAUAUUACGAUAUUUUAACAUUGUUGGAUACGACAAUACUGUCGUCACUUUCAUACAUGGAUUGCAACUGUUGUAUAGCAGAGGAAGUGUGGACGGUCCUCAAACUCUACCCAUAUCAGAAUAGGUACUGUCUUUACAGCCGUUGGAAAAACGAGACGUAUUCGCUAUAUCCCGACUUGUUACGAAAACGCGGAGACUCGGAAAAACAAAUCAAAAAUAUUAUGAAACGUGUCAGUAAAGAAAACAUCAAGCCUGUGGGCCGCCUCAUUGGCAAACUCACUCACUGUUCACCCGGAUUUCUUUUCGAUUAUAUUUUACUCCAAAUUCAAGUUUAUAGCAAUUUGAUCCAUCCAGUCGUCGACUCGCUGAAAUACCUGACAAGUUUGUCGUACGACGUUUUGGGUUUUUGUCUAGUUGAAUGUUUAGCAAACGCCGAUAAGAAAAGAGUGAAACAUGAUAGUACCUCGAUUUCAACGUGGCUACAAAGCCUUUCGAGUUUUUGUGGCGCUGUUUAUAAAAAAUACAUCAUAGAAUUGACUGGGCUUUUGCAAUAUGUGGCAAACCAACUUAAAGCACAAAAAAGUUUGGAUUUGCUAAUUUUAAAAGAAAUCGUUCAAAAAAUGGCAGGCGUUGAAGCCGCCGAAGACUUGACGAUGGAACAAGUGAAUGCUAUGGCUGGGGGCGAACUUUUGAAAGCUGAGGCUGGAUAUUUGAGUCAAGUUCGUAAUACUAAGAAAUCAUCGCUUAGACUUAAAGAAGCAAUGUCUGAACAUAAUCUCGCUGUAGCUUUAUGUUUAUUGAUGGCUCAACAGAAUUAUUGUGUGGUCUAUAGAGAAACACAGAAAAAUCAUUUGAAAUUAGUUGGGAAAUUAGCCGAUCAGUGUCAAGACACUCUAGUACAGUUUGGAACUUUUCUGGGGUCUUCUCUUUCAGUUGAUGAAUAUGUUAAUAAGUUGCCAAGUAUACAAAGCAUGCUUUUGGAUUAUCAUAUUCCAAAUGAAGUUGCGUUUUUUCUGGCGAGGCCUAUGUUCAAUCAUGCCAUAAAUAUAAAAUACGACCAACUACGAAAAUCAGACUCCAACUACAAGAAACUCUCGACGAACGUGAAAAACCAGAAAUAUUUUGAGGCCGUGAACGAAGUCAUGGAACCCGUUCAUAAAUCCAUUAUUCCUCUUCAUCCAACGAAAAUCUGGGAGGACAUUUCUCCUCAAUUUUUAUCGACCUUUUGGUCUUUGACCAUGUAUGACCUUUACGUACCUGAUGAAACGUACCAACAAGUUAUAAAUAAGACCCGUCAACAAUCUUUAACAACGAUAGAAUCGAGUAACAAUAAAGGUAAAAAAGAACAAGAACGUUACUUGACCUUAGUCGAGAAACUACAAGACGAAAAGAAGAAACAACAUGAACACGUGGAGAAAGUAAUGUAUAGGUUGAAACAAGAGAAGGAUAGUUGGUUUUUGUCAAGAUCGGCGAAAUCGGCCAAAAAUGAAACAAUAACAAGGUUUUUGCAGUUGUGUUUGUUCCCCAGAUGCACUUUUACAUCUAUUGAUGCGGUGUAUUGUGCAAAGUUUGUUCACGUGAUUCAUAUGUUGAAGACACCGAAUUUUUCGACACUUUUGUGCUAUGACAGGCUGUUUUGCGAUGUUACUUAUUCGAUUACUUCGUGUACGGAGAAUGAAGCAAUGCGUUAUGGCCGAUUUCUCUACGCAAUGCUCGAGACAGUGAUGCGGUGGCACAAGUCGAAAGAGUUAUUCGAAAAAGAAUGUGCCAAUUAUCCAGGUUUUGUUACUAAAUAUCGUUUAAAUAAUCAACAUGCCGACAAUUUGGAUAAUGUCGGUUAUGAGAAUUACAGGCACGUUUGUCACAAAUGGCACUAUAAACUAGCAAAGGCUAUGGUAACUUGCUUAGAUUCGAAGGAUUACGUACAAAUCAGGAAUUCGUUAAUUAUCUUAAUUAAGAUCAUUCCAUUUUUCCCUGUGUUACAAAAGGUCGGACAGUUUAUCGAAAAACGGAUAGAGAAAGUGCGAGACGAGGAAAAAAAUAAUAGACAAGAUUUGUUUACUUUGUCCAGUAGUUAUUUGGGGUUGUUGAAACAGAGGAUUAUGAGUGGGCAUAUGGUGAAAGAAAGCGAUUUCCAUAUUUUGGUGGAGAAAGAAAAGAUUGUUAAAAGUCAUGAAACUAAGAGUGAGGCAAGUUCUAGUAAACAUAACGGUGAAGUUAAAGAAGAAAUGAAGGACAAAAGCGAGAAAAAAAUUAAAGUGGAGGAUCUUAAAGUCGUUUCAAGGAUGUCUCAAGGAUCUCAAGGCUCUGGCGAUUAUAACGCGUGGGAACGACCCGAAAGGCCUUAUAAAGAGGAACCCAGGGAGAAACACAGAAGGGAAGAAAAACGUGACGAUUUUGAGAAAGAACGUGAAAGAGAAAAGCGUAGAGAACGUAAAGAAGAGAAAUUAGCAAAACAGGAAGAACGACAAUAUCGAGAGGAGCGCUAUUCUGACAUAAGUCCGAAAGAUGAAAUGCGAUAUUCAAGCGAUAGACAAGUGGAAAGAUAUUAUGACGAAAGAGGAAGUCACUACUACAGAGAAGUCCGCGACGAACGAGAAAUCGGGUUGAGUGGUAGUAAUAAUGGGUCAAGCGGUAUGGGAAGACAUAGUCAAGAGCCCGAGACCGAUAGAGAUGUUAAAAGAAGAAAAAUGGAUGGUUCUUCUUUGAAGAGUUCGAAACACGAAGAGAGGAAACUACAGCAACUCGAUUACAUGUUAGAGAAAACGGACAAAAAAGAACGGUCAGGCAAAGCGAAAGAAAAGAGGGAAAAAUUAAGUGAUGAAGAAAAAGAAUUGAGAAAAGAAAGGAAGUUGGGAAGGAAAAGGGAUCGAACCGAAGAAGCGCUCCAAGUUGAAAUGAAGAGGCGAAGAGAGGAGGAAAAAGCAGCGAAAGUUUCACACCAAAAUGGAGAAAUCAUGGAACCCGUCCACCAAAGAGAGAAACAUCAUCGCUCGAGAGACUUAUCACCAUAUCCAAGAGAGAGGUCACACGAUGAUAGACUCGAAAUGAGGGAAAAACACAGAAGAAGUGCCGAAAAUAAAAGGAGAUGAUAAUUUUUACGAAUGAACGUAUUUAAAUUUUAUUUUUUAGUAAUUUUAAGUGUAUUUCACAGGAUUGUACGUUACUGAUGUGAUUUGUAGAAUAUGAAAAUAAACAUGGUAAUGUGGUA